AUGUCUGGUUUCGACGACGAUCUAUCUAAAAUGCUGCCAAAAUCCCUUGGUCAAAAGAGCAAAAAUAGCAACAGCAACAGUACAGCCGCCGCAGACGCAGACUGGGAUGCCUUACGUGCAUUUAUGCCAAGUUCGUUUGGAAAACAAGAGCAAAAGAAGGACGUCUCUUUCGAAUAUGAAAAGACCAAACGUGAAGAUGCUGUUGCUGCUGCUUCGAAGCAAGCCAGGAAGAAGGAAAAAGAUACCACCAACAAUGCAAAAAAUAAAUCUGACGAUUCUGACAACGAUUCAGACGAUGAUUCAGACAAUGAUCCAGAGUAUACUUCAUCAGACGUAUUGCCCACAUCACACGAAAUUAAGCUCAGUGACCAUCAUCGCACUGUAUCCGCAUUGACCUUGGAUCCAUCUGGCACUCGACUUGUAUCUGGCAGCUACGAUUACGACAUGAAAUUUUGGGAUUUUGCAGGCAUGGAUCGAUCAUUCAAGCCAUUCCGUACGGUCCAGCCUUGUGGAGAGCAUCAAAUUCACAACUUGCAGUAUUCUUUAUCCGGGGAUACCAUCCUGGUGAUCUCUGGAAGUGCUCGUGCAAAGAUUUUUGAUCGAGAUGGUAUCGAAAAAGCAGAAUUCGCCAAGGGAGAUCCCUACAUUCGUGAUUUGCGACAUACAGACGGCCAUGUAGGUGCUUUGACAAGUGGAUUCUGGCAUCCUAGCGACAAACAAACGUUUGCCACAUCAUCACAAGAUGGCACGAUUCGAGAAUGGGAUGUAGAACGCACAAGAAAACAAAAGACCACCGUUGUAUACAAGUCUCGUGAAAGAGGUGGUCGGUCUCCUUGCACAGCACUUGCUUAUACAGGUGAUGCAAAGUAUCUAGCCGGUGCUUAUCAAGACGGUACCGUGCAAAUUUGGGAUACAAAGGGUAAUCAUAUUCGUCCUGCAAUUGCUAUUGCAGAUGCACAUCAAAAGGGGUCAGAGACGUCUUGUAUAUUAUUCUCAAGAGAUAACAGAACCAUGGUGACAAGAGGCGGUGACGACUCUGUCAAGUUAUGGGAUCUUCGCAAUGCCAAAAAACCCGUGAAAGCUGCAUAUAAUUUGGAUAUUGUCAAUCCAGAAGCCAAUGUCAUAUUCAGUCCUGAUGAAAAGCUAAUCCUAACAGGCACUGCUUGUCCGAAGGGUAAGGGCCACGGUCAAUUGGUAUUCUUGAACAGAGAAACGCUUGAAGUUGAGCAAUCCACAAAUGUCACGCAAUCCAGCGUUGUCAAGGUCUUAUGGCAUCCCCGUAUCAAUCAGAUUAUGACAGGCAGCGCAGAUGGCAUUGUCACUGUAUUUUACAGCCCCACUCAUUCAUCUCGCGGUGCCAAAUUACCCAUCGUCAAAGCUGCCAAGAAGAGAGCAGUGGAUGAUUAUGAAAUUGAUAGACCUAUUUUGACUCCUCAUGCACUGCCAAUGUUCAAGGAUGAAGAGAGAACAUCCAAGAGAAGAAGAGACAAAUUGCGUAAAGAUCCUGUUGCAUCUCACCGUCCAGACCUGCCUGUCAGCGGCCAUGGUAAGGGCGGAAGAGUCAACAUGAAUCAACAACAAGCUGUUAUCAAGACAUUUGCCAAAGACACAACCAGAGAUGAAGAUCCCAGAGAAGCCCUUCUUAAAUACGCUGAUUUGGCCGAGAACGAUCCACUUUGGGUAUCCAAUGUGUAUAAAAAGACCCAACCUGAUCCAGUGUUCCAAGAAGAUGAUGAAGAGGAAGAAACCAAAUAG